UCAUCUUUACCAUAUAACCACAAAAAUUAAGCCAUGAAAUACAACGAAAUAUUAUCCCACUUCAGCCACCCUCAACACACUCUCAAAUUUGAGUACACAGAAUUCCCAUUCAAGUGCGAUGGCUGCAAGGAAGUAGGCAUUGGGUCGCGCUACAGAUGCGGCAUGUGUGACUUCGACCUCCACAUGCACUGCGCAAUCCCUUCCUCCUCCAUCGUCCAUCCUUUCUACACAAAAUGCUCCUUCCAGUUCCUCUCCCGGCCACCCGGAAACGUUCCGCGAUUCUGCAACGCGUGCGAAAAGGACAUCAAGGGUUUCGUCUACCACUGCAAGUCGUGCGGGUUCGAUCUCCACCCAUGUUGCGCCAAGCUCCCCAUGGUACUCGAUGACGGAGAAGUCAAGUUGUAUCUUUAUAGGAAAGUGAGCUCGGCGUGCCACAAGUGUGGGCGGAAGGGGCGGAGCUGGAGCUAUAGGUCUACGUGCAAGAAGUACAAUUUGCAUGUGGCGUGUGUGAGGGAGAUGUUGAUGGAAAGCUGGCCGGAUAUCUACGUCGGACGUGGAAAAGCUAGGAGCAUCGAGACCAGAAUUCCUAGCCUUAAAAAUACGCUUCAGAACCACCACCAUAAGAGCAAGGGGAAGGUGAAAAAGUGUUGUGAGCUGGCUGGAUUAGCCGUGCAGUUUGUUAUAUCGGCGGUGCUCGGAGAUCCGACGACUCUGAUUGCCGGAGUUAUUGGGUCCUUCAUGCGAGGAUGAUGUGUGCAUGGUUGGUUGAAUCGGAAUGGGAUUUUGCGGGUUGUGGUAUGUUUGGUGCGUGUGCUUGUGCUUGUAGGUUAUAUUAACGUUGAAUCUGGGUUUAUAUCUCGUGGAUAAUGGUCAUGUAUGUAAAUAAA